CCAUACCAGCACCCUGAUCACCUCCAAAUACCAUACCAGCAGCCUGAUCACUUCUAUACACCAUACCAGCGCCUUGAUCACUGCCAUACCCCAUACCAGCAUCCUGAUCACCGCCAUGUCCCAUACCAGCAUCCUGAUCACCGCCAUGUCCCAUACCAGCAUCCUGAUCACCUCCAUACCCCAUAUCAGAAUCCUGAUCACUGCCAUACCCCAUACCAUCACCUUGAUCACUGCCAUACCCUAUACCAGCAUCCUGAUAACAGCUAUACCCCAUACAAGCAUCCUGAUCACCCCCAUACCCCA